GGAGGGGCAGCGGCGCUUCCUGCGCCGGGGUUUCCCGCCGGAGCGCCUUGGUGGAGGCAGCUUCCGGUGUCCUUCCCGGCGGGGCGCGCGGAGCGGCGCGGCGCGGCCAUGGCGCAGAACCUGAAGGACCUGGCGGGGCGGCUGCCGGCCGGGCCGCGGGGCGUUGGCACCGCCCUCAAGCUGCUGCUGGGCGCCGGCGCCCUGGCCUACGGCGUCCGCGAGUCCGUCUUCAUCGUGGAAGGCGGGCAGCGGGCCAUCUUCUUCAACCGCAUCGGCGGCGUCCAGCAGGACACCAUCCUCGCCGAGGGGCUGCACUUCAGGAUCCCCUGGUUCCAGUACCCCAUCAUCUACGACAUUCGAGCCCGGCCGCGGAAAAUCUCUUCCCCCACCGGCUCCAAAGAUUUGCAGAUGGUCAACAUUUCACUGCGUGUUCUUACACGCCCCAAUGCUGCGGAGCUGCCCAGCAUGUACCAGCGCCUGGGCCUGGACUAUGAGGAGCGAGUUCUGCCUUCCAUUGUUAAUGAAGUGCUCAAGAGUGUGGUAGCCAAGUUUAACGCUUCACAACUCAUCACUCAGAGAGCCCAGGUGUCUCUGCUCAUUAGGCGAGAACUGACAGAGCGAGCCAAGGAUUUCAGCCUCAUCCUGGAUGAUGUGGCUAUCACAGAGCUGAGUUUCAGUCGUGAAUACACAGCAGCUGUGGAGGCCAAGCAAGUGGCCCAGCAGGAGGCACAGCGCGCACAAUUUCUGGUGGAGAAGGCCAAACAGGAGCAGAAGCAGAAGAUUGUUCAGGCUGAAGGAGAAGCUACAGCUGCCAAGAUGCUUGGUGAAGCUCUCAGCAGGAAUCCAGGCUACAUCAAGCUACGUAAGAUCCGAGCUGCUCAAAACAUCUCAAAAACGAUUGCUGGCUCACAAAACCGUGUGUAUCUCACAGCAGAUAACUUGGUACUGAACCUGCAGGAUGAGGGCUUCACCAGAGGAAGUGACAGUGGAUCUGAACAGGAGCCUCAAAUCUGGGAACUGUGCUUGGAGUAACUUGAACAAAGAGAACCAACAGUGUCCUUUUGUGGAGAACUAGAGAUUUUCUUUUCCAGGUUCUUGCUGUAACUUUCUUUGUUUUGAGAGUCUUCUAGGGGUGAGAAAUCCUGCUAUAGACUGAAACUCCAGACCUGUGGUCAUUCUCACCUAUCCUGUUGUGGAAAGGGGAAAGAACAUACUAUCUCUCCUAACUUUGCGUAUCUUAUGUACAGUACAGAUGUCAGUUAUUUUAUUACAUAUCAACUGUAUGGACUUAAUGUAUAGCUCUUAUAUGUAGCAAAUAAAUCUGUGUUAAGCCUUU